GUCGCUCGCGGGCGCCGAGUUGGGGGAAGUUGGGAGCCCGAGGCGGGGACAAGCCUGAGGUGUUUUUCUGUCCCCAAGCUCUGCGCGUCUCCACAUGGCGAAAAUGGAAGAAGAGCUCCUCCGCCGCUGGGGAUUGCGGGAGUAAACGGGGGGGGUCUUUCUUUACGCCUGGUAGCUUUCCGGGAGGGGGAGUAGGGUCUCCCCCCUAUUGGGGUUCGCUCAGAGGGGGGGAAAAAAACCCAGCGAAAGUUCCCAUUCUUCUGUGGAAUCGGUGUUUGCAAGUUGAUGUGGGGCGCGUGGCACAGCCUGGACUACACUUUGGGGGGAAAGCAGCUUGGGGUGAAGAAGAACUUUCUCCUCUUCAGUAAAACCCAAAAGAGAUCAGCAGGGACGAUCGCGCUCCAGAGAACACUUGAUGAUGAUGGUAUGCCCCAUGGGUUUUGUAUAGUCACAUAUUCUUCCACAGACAGAUUUGAAGGGAACUUUGUGCAUGGAGAAAAGAAUGGUCAUGGAAAAUUCUUCUUCUUUGAUGGAAGCACGCUAGAAGGCUUUUAUGUUGAUGAUGGUUUGCAAGGCCAGGGAACAUACACCUAUGAGGAUGGAGGCAUACUUCAUGGCACGUACAUUGAUGGUGAAUUGAAUGGGCCAGCUCAGGAAUAUGAUGCUGAUGGACGAUUGGCCUUCAAAGGGCAAUACAAAGAUAAUAUUCGGCAUGGAUUUUGUUGGAUUUACUAUUCAGAUGGUGGGUAUCUGGUUGGAGAAGUUAAUGAAGAAGGAGAGAUGACUGGAGAAAAGCUAGCCUAUGUAUACCCUGAUGGGAAGAUGGCAUAUUAUGGGCACUUCAUAGAUGGUGAAAUGAUAGAAGCAAGAUUGGCAAAUAUUAUACUGGCAGAGGAAGAAAAACUACAAUUUGAUGUUAUACCAGGCAGCCCAGUUUACAGUUUUGAUAAAUCUACUUCAUCCUGCAUUUCUACGAGUCCACUUCUUCCUGACCCUUAUGAAUCAGAGAGGGUCUUUGUAGAUGCAUCUCUUAUUUCCAAUGCUGGAGAAGGUUUAUUUACUAAAAUAGCUGCUGAAGCUGGCACAGUGUUAUCUUUUUACAAUGGUAUACGAAUUACACAUCAAGAGGUAGACAGCAGGGACUGGUCUUUGAAUGGAAACACGAUAUCCCUUGAUGAUGAAACUGUCAUAGAUGUACCAGAACCUUACAGCCAUGUAAUCAAAUACUGUGCCUCUUUGGGACACAAGGCAAACCACUCAUUCACCCCAAAUUCUGUUUAUGACUCAUUUGUUCACCCUCGCUUUGGACCGAUAAAAUGUAUUCGGACAAUUCAAGCAGUGGAGAAGGAUGAAGAACUAACAGUGGCUUAUGGCUACGAUCACAGUUCCACUGGACAAAACGGGCCAGAAGUACCAGAGUGGUAUCUGGCAGAACUAAGAGCCUUCCAAGCUUCCCUGAAAAAAUGAAAUGCAAGCAGUUUCCCUAUUCAAUACAUUGCACUAUCUUUGAUGCUGGAAUUGGAACAGCCUGGGGUUGAUCAUGCUGUGAUUCUUCAAUACUUUUCCCUAUAUUAGAAAGAGUGGAAGCCUUUUUAUUUUGUUUUUGUUCCUUGCAGACUAAUGUGUUUUAGCCACUCCCUUAAAAUAACCUUUACAUUUAAGCUAAUAGUGCAAAAUGAAUUAUUUAAUAUGCUACACAAGGAAGUGUGGCCUUUUGGGGGGGGGGCAACUAGUCUGCAUCAGCAGCUGUCAAAAUAUAGAAAGAGAGCAUUUUUAAAACCAAGGUUUUAUCUGUACUGUGGUUUCUCUGAUUCUGCGCAACUACAUUUUGUAUUUGCCAUAUUAUGAUGAUAAUAGAAUUGUGCUAAGUGUAGUAUUCUAAAAAGGCAAGUAUAAUUUCAGAAUACUGCUUUAGGGUGUUUUCUAUUUUGGUGCACAAGAGACCUCUCUUUACAUUAUCUUCUUCUUAAAGUCAGCACAAAAGUUUAAACUGCAAAAGGUUGGUAAAAUGAGGACCCAGAUUGUUGGCGGCAAUAUGCUGACUCUAUAAACUGCCUAGAGAGGGCUGUAAAGCAUUGUGAAGUGGCAUAUAAGUCUUAAGUGCUAUUGCUACAUGAUGGUUUUUUAAGGCUCUGAGGAUAUGUGCCUGGAAGACCAGAGCUGCUAUAACUUUAAUCAUGAUAAUCACAUUUGAGUGACUUCUACUUGUCCAUAUGAGCAUUUUCUACUGCUUGUUUUUGGUUUCUUACACUGGAGAGCAUAAUGUCAGUUUAUAUAGAACAAAUGAAUCAAGGAUAUACCAAUAAAUUCCUUGUUUGCUAAAUUUAUCUUUUUCUUGCCUUUAAUUGGUAAUUUACAAAAUCCUGGAAGCUACCAAUACUCAUCAAAGGCAGAUUUCUGUAAAGGUGGGAAAUCCUACAUUGCAAACCUUUUUUAAAACAACUGCAAAGUAAUUCAGAGAGUUACAUGGAAAACUCAACAUUUUUACUAUGAAGCGAAUUAUACUUGAGAUUGUCAAACAGUUUUACGGGAAUCAUGAAAGUACAUUUUACUAAUCCUAGCUAACAUUUAAUAAUAUCAUGAUAAAAAAGUAAACUUUCAGGGAUCUGACAUAGCCAGUUACUGGCAUUUCUUAAACAUAUUUUCAAAUAUGUGCAAUAUAUGUUUACAGAAUAUUUGCUCUGUAUUAUACAAGUAGAAAUGUCUUUUUGCAUUGUACUUAUUUAUUUAAAAAUAAAUAACCACUGAAUUCAGUGGGACUUUCUUCAAA